AUGACCCCAAUUCGCAGUCCUUUGGGCGUCGCAUGGCCCGCAGUUGCUGCUCUGAGCGCAGCAAUUGUUUACUUUGUCGUUCGCGUCACCGCCAAACGGCGUUUCUACCGGCGUCAUGACCUUCCCCAACCGCCGCACGACCCGAUCUGGGGACACUUGAAGCUCAUCGGGGAGUACGGGAAGAUGGUCACGGGCGACUACAUACAAGGGCCGUGGACGGAGAUGAAGCAGGACUUCAACCUCCCCGACAUCUUCCACCUGGACAUGUGGCCCGCUAGACCCGAGUUCAUCGUUUGCUCCGGUCUCGGACCUGACAUCGUUCGAGUACAAGGGCAAGACAUACCCGGUCAGGAAGGGCCACAUCUUCGCGGUGCUGGGCUGCUCGAUCCACCAAUUACAACCCGGAGGCGUUCGAGGACCCCAAGGUCGUUCCGGCCGGAGCGUUUCCUGCCCGCCACCACCAACACCGGCGCCGGCGGAGCCGCGGAGCCGUCGUUCCCGCGCAGCGCGUUCCGCCCCUUUGAGCGGGGGCUCCGGUCCUGCAUGGGCCAGAACCUGGCCAUGAGCGAGAUGAAGGUGAUGCUGCUGUGCGACCACGGGGCCGCCGCGAAGCCGCGGCUCCGGCAUACCGACCUCGACACCGUCCUGGGCAAGCACGCGUUCCAGUGCGGCCGGUUCUCUGCCGGCUCGAGCGGCGAUGUAUUGAUGAAGGUCCGGACGGCUGGCUGA